AUCUCCGUGGCUCGUAGUGGUCCCUCAGGUGUUCUUCUCCAAGUCCAACAAACACCAUGGCAACGUGGGGCGGGUUCCCUCGGCGCCUGGAGACCCUACGGUAACUACGUGAGCUCUGAGCGUCAGAAUCACCGCUCAGCACUAAGCAAAGCACCUUCCCAGGUUGGGGGAGGAGCCGGCUUUAGGAGGGAAAGGUCUUUCGUCGCUGGGCGGGGAACACACCUGGUACUACUUGAGCACCGCGCCCACUCGGGUGCCUCACAAGUGGUCCUGCCAGCAAGUCCGCGCCCAGCGUCCCCGCCCUACCCAGACCACCCGGCCGCCCGCGCGUCCCCACCUCGCCGCGCGGUUGCCUCCGCCUUCGCUCGCGCACGCGCACGCCGCGCCGGGCAGCUUUCGGGGCUGUCAUGGCGGCGCGGAGCAGCCUCAGUGGGCACCACGACAACCGCGGGAGCCCUGGCGGGGCGAGCUGGGCCAGUAGCACCCUCACCCCCACCAGCAGCCUCAGCCCUGGCGUCCGUAGCCCCAGCCGCGGUUGUUUUUGCAAGGGCUGAUCGCAGGGGUGGGUCGGACCAGGAAGCCGUGGAGUUCUGUGCAGCCGCGGACUCCCGGGGAACGGACUAGGGAAACUUGGAGGCUGCGACCAGGUGCACUGACCUCUCAAUCCCCUUCUCUCCUAGCCGUCUCCGCCAGGCCUCACCGCCCUUCGGGCCACAACACACCUGCCCUACUCUCCCUGAUGAACCUCAGGUGCCCGCGAGGUGCUCCACUCCUCCCCCUGGGCCGAGCGCUGAGAAUAAUCACCGCCCCCUUCCCCCGCCUUUUCCUGCCCCGGAUCUUCGCAGCUACCUCCGUCUCGCGGCUCCCUGGCGCGGGGUGAGGACGAUCCGGAGUAUCUGGGGUUUGGCGUUGUUGUCAGCCUCGGGCAGAGAGAUUGGACAAGUAUUCUCGAAGAGCAGGAGGGCGACGCCAAGGACUUUCCACUUCAACUGCUUUUGGGGGUUCUCCACAACUUGGAAGAGCGACCUUUUUCCUUUUGCGUUGCGUGUGCUUAUUACUAGUGCAGCGAUUGCUGUCCCAUAGUGACUCGAGUUUUCCGUGAACUAGAAAUGGCUAGUGAGGACAAUAAUGUCCCUUCCCCGCCACCAACAGGUGAUGACGGGGGAGGUGGAGGGAAAGGAGAAGAACCCUCAGCUGAAGAGGGUGCAUUGUCCCUGAAACCAGGGCUCCCCAUCAGGGGCAUCAGAAUGAAAUUUGCUGUUUUGACGGGACUGGUUGAAGUUGGAGAAGUAUCCAAUAGGGAUAUUGUGGAAACUGUCUUUAACCUGUUGGUAGGAGGCCAGUUUGACUUGGAGAUGAACUUCAUUAUCCAAGAAGGUGAGAGUAUCAUCUGCAUGGUGGACCUACUGGAAAAAUGUGACACCACUUGCCAAGCGGAAGUUUGGAGCAUGUUUACAGCCAUUCUGAAGAAGAGCAUACGGAAUCUUCAAGUCUGCACCGAGGUUAGCCUCGUCGAGAAAGUGCUUGGGAAAAUCGAAACCGUCGGCAGCAUGAUAGCAGAUCUUUUAGUUGACAUGUUGGGAGUGCUGGCUAGCUAUAAUUUGACAGUUCGAGAACUAAAGCUGUUCUUCAGUAAACUUCAAGGAGAUAAAGGACAAUGGCCUCCACACGCCGGGAAGUUGCUGUCCGUGUUAAAGCACGUGCCUCAGAAGUACGGGCCUGAUGCCUUCUUCAACUUUCCGGGGAAGAGUGCUGCCGCUAUUGCUCUACCUCCCAUAGCCAAGUGGCCAUACCAGAAUGGUUUUACAUUUCACACCUGGCUCAGAAUGGAUCCUGUAAAUAACAUCAAUGUGGACAAGGAUAAACCAUAUUUGUAUUGUUUCAGAACCAGCAAAGGUCUUGGUUAUUCUGCUCACUUUGUCGGGGGCUGUUUGAUUAUAACCUCAAUAAAGUCUAAAGGAAAAGGCUUUCAACAUUGUGUGAAAUUUGAUUUCAAGCCACAAAAGUGGUACAUGGUAACCAUAGUGCACAUUUAUAACCGGUGGAAGAACAGUGAGCUUCGGUGUUAUGUGAAUGGUGAGCUGGCUUCCUAUGGAGAGAUAACGUGGUUUGUCAACACCAGCGAUACCUUUGACAAAUGUUUCCUGGGUUCCUCAGAAACAGCAGAUGCUAAUAGGGUAUUCUGUGGUCAGAUGACUGCCGUUUACCUUUUUAGUGAAGCUCUUAAUGCAGCUCAGAUUUUUGCUAUUUAUCAGCUGGGCCUAGGAUACAAGGGCACAUUUAAAUUCAAAGCAGAAAGUGACCUGUUCCUUGCUGAGCAUCACAAACUUUUAUUGUACGACGGCAAACUCUCUAACGCCAUUGCAUUCACGUACAAUCCACGUGCUACCGAUGCCCAGCUUUGCCUCGAAUCAUCCCCUAAGGACAACCCUUCGAUUUUCGUUCAUUCACCCCAUGCACUCAUGCUCCAGGACGUCAAGGCAGUUUUGACACAUUCCAUCCAAAGUGCUAUGCAUUCAAUUGGAGGAGUACAAGUGCUGUUUCCGCUUUUUGCACAGCUGGAUUACAGGCAGCACUUAUCUGAGGAGGUCGACCUGACUAUAUGUUCAACUUUGCUGGCUUUUAUCAUGGAGUUGUUGAAGAAUUCAAUUGCCAUGCAGGAGCAGAUGCUUGCCUGCAAGGGCUUUUUGGUAAUAGGAUAUAGUCUUGAAAAGUCUUCCAAGUCCCACGUCAGCAGAGCAGUGCUUGAACUUUGCCUUGCGUUUUCAAAAUAUCUGAGUAACCUGCACAAUGGGCUGCCCCUGCUCAAGCAGUUGUGUGAUCACAUUCUUCUUAACCCAGCCAUAUGGAUCCAUACCCCAGCCAAGGUUCAGUUGACACUGUAUACUUACCUGUCCACUGAAUUCAUCGGGACUGUCAACAUAUACAAUACCAUCCGGAGAGUCGGAACGGUGCUUCUCAUCAUGCACACCCUGAAGUACUAUUACUGGGCGGUGAAUCCUCAGGAUCGCAGUGGCAUCACCCCGAAAGGACUAGAUGGACCACGACCUACUCAAAAAGAAAUACUUUCUCUAAGAGCAUUCUUAUUGAUGUUCAUUAAGCAAUUAGUGAUGAGGGAUUCUGGAGUGAAGGAAGAUGAACUACAGGCCAUUCUUAACUACCUGCUCACUAUGCAUGAGGAUGACAAUCUAAUGGAUGUCCUACAGCUGCUUGUUGCGUUAAUGUCAGAGCAUCCUAACUCUAUGAUACCUGCUUUUGACCAAAGGAAUGGGUUACGCGUUAUCUAUAAACUUUUGGCAUCAACAAGCGAAGGAAUCAGAGUGCAAGCUCUCAAGGCAAUGGGCUAUUUUUUAAAGCACCUGGCCCCAAAAAGAAAAGCUGAAGUCAUGCUUGGACAUGGAUUGUUCUCCCUGUUAGCCGAGAGACUCAUGCUUCACACAAAUUUAAUCACCAUGACCACAUACAAUGUCCUGUUUGAGAUUCUCAUAGAACAGAUCUGCACGCAAGUGAUCCAUAAACAGCAUCCAGAUCCUGAUUCUUCAGUAAAGAUACAGAAUCCUCAGAUACUAAAAGUAAUUGCGACCCUGCUUCGAAAUUCUCCGCAGUGCCCGGAGAGCAUGGAAGUGCGCAGAGCCUUUCUUUCUGACAUGAUUAAACUUUUUAAUAACAGUAGAGAAAACAGAAGGAGCUUGCUACAGUGUUCUGUGUGGCAAGAGUGGAUGCUUUCUCUCUGCUUCUUUAAUCCUAAAAAUUCUGAUGAGCAAAAGAUAACGGAAAUGGUAUAUGCCAUAUUCAGAAUCCUGCUUUACCACGCAGUCAAGUAUGAGUGGGGUGGCUGGCGUGUGUGGGUAGACACCUUGUCAAUUACGCAUUCGAAGGUCACCUUUGAAAUACACAAAGAAAACCUUGCUAAUAUAUUUAGAGAACACCAGCAAAAUAUGGGUGAAGAUAUAGGGCAGUGCUCUUCGAGUUCAGUUCAGGCCGUCUCUGGCAUUGGUGGGGAUGUCAGUGUUUCCGGAGGAUCCCCGCAGUCAGAUACGAAGGGUUCUCCUGUGUCUCCUCGUGUCAUCAGAAAUAAUGAUGAAAACUCAAGGACUGAAAAGACAGGUUCAGCAGACUCUGCAUCCAACAUUGAACUGCAAACUCCUAACACGUCUGAUGAAGGAAGGGAACCUGGGCAAGAAAGUCGGGAGUUACUGGAUGAAGUUCCUUUAGAGGAAACAUUGAGAAAUGAAACAAAUAAUGCUGCUGAUUUAGAAUUACCUUCUGACGCAAUAGAAGCAGGGACUGUUUCCUCUGAUACUUUGAAAACAGUUGGCAAAGAUCUGACGGUCAGUGAAGUAACCACUUCAGGAAGUUCUCCUUCAGAAGAGGAUGCUUCAGAGGCUCCAGAGUUACUGGAUAAGUCCACAGUGGAGGAAGAAGACGACGAUGAUUACGUGGAACUGAAGGUAGACUCCAGUCCUGCUGAGGGAGCCAGUCUACCCACAGAGCUUCAGGAGAAUUGUCUGUCUCCAGGUGCAACGGAAGCCGGGGAAAGACUGGCCACGUUCAGUAAUGACCAAAAAUUAGUAUUGCCAGAGGAGGAAACUGUAAGUAAGAAGCAAACUGAUACUGAAACUCAGGAUUCCAAAGAUUCUGGAAUCUUGACUAUGACAGCAUCAGGGUCCUCAGCUACCUCUCCAGACACUGCUGCUUCCCAGGCAGCUGUGCAGUCAGACCCUGCUCAGAUGCUGGAGGGAGGGAAGGAAACCGCUAGCUCGGCCAGAGAAACCGAAGUGGUUAAUCAUGCUCACGGUAAUGCCUGCGAGUCUCCUCCUACUUGUGAGCAGAGGAUUGCCAAGUUGGAUGUUUCCAGUGUUGCCACAGACACUGAGAGACUGGAGUUGAAGGCCAGCAGCAGUGUGGAGGCAUCUCAGCCUCUUCAGCCUGUGCCUGAGACAUUGAGACAACAGGAGCAGUCCGGGCAAGGAGUGGUACCCGAUGCUGUUAGUGGGCAGAGGAGGGAUUCAAGGUCCACUGUGUUUCGUAUUCCCGAGUUCAGAUGGUCUCUAAUGCAUCAGCGUUUGCUCACUGAUCUGCUGUUUUCAAUAGAAACAGACAUACAGAUGUGGAGAAGCCAUUCAACAAAGACAGUUAUGGACUUCGUGAAUAGCAGUGAUAAUGUCAUCUUUGUACACAACACAAUUCAUCUCAUCUCUCAAGUGAUGGACAAUAUGGUCAUGGCUUGUGGGGGGAUACUGCCAUUGCUUUCAGCUGCUACAUCGGCUACACACGAGCUGGAGAAUAUUGAACCUACUCAGGGCCUCUCAAUAGAAGCCUCUGUGACAUUUUUGCAGAGGCUGAUCAGCCUUGUGGAUGUGCUCAUAUUUGCCAGUUCUCUUGGCUUUACUGAAAUAGAAGCUGAAAAAAAUAUGUCAUCUGGAGGAAUUUUGCGGCAGUGUCUCCGACUAGUGUGUGCAGUGGCAGUCCGGAAUUGCUUAGAGUGUCAGCAGCACUCCCAAAUGAAAAUGAGAGGAGAUGCAGCCAAAGGCCAGAAAACAGUGCACAGCCUGAUUCCCACAGGCAAAUCUGCGGCAAAGAGUCCAGUGGAUAUUGUAACCGGUGGCAUAUCUCCGGUGAGAGAUUUUGACAGGCUCCUACAAGACAUGGAUAUUAAUCGGCUUAGGGCAGUUGUCUUCAGAGACAUCGAGGAUAGCAAACAAGCUCAGUUUUUAGCCUUGGCUGUAGUAUACUUUAUCUCUGUUCUUAUGGUCUCGAAGUACAGAGACAUUUUGGAACCUCAGAAUGAAAGGCGUAGCCAGCCAUUUAAGGAAUCUGGUAGUGAGAGUGGGACCUUAUCACUUCCUGAUGUAGAAAACACAACAGCAGCAUCCAGCCCAUUAACUCCAGCGUCAGUGGAAGAAUCGGACAGCACAUCAUCUGUUCGAAGGAGGGACUCCGGCAUCGGGGAGGAAACAGCUGCUGGCGUGGGAAGCAGUGUGGACCUGGCGUCUCCUGCGGCGCCUCUGAGUGUCAGUGCAGGCCCAGAUGCAAUCAGUGAGGUGCUGUGCACUCUCUCUUUGGAAGUCAAUAAAUCUCAGGAAAACAAAAAUGAUGGAGGAAACGAGUUGGAUAACAAGGCCGCACCAUCAGUUCCAGUUUCAAAAAAUGUCAACGUAAAGGACAUUCUCCGCAGCCUGGUUAACAUGCCAGCAGAUGGAGUCACAGUGGACCCUGCCCUCCUGCCACCACCCUGCCUCGGAGCGCUUGGCGAUCUGUCCGCUGAGCAGCCUGUGCAGUUCCGGUCUUUUGACAGAAGUGUCAUCAUUGCAACAAAAAAAUCAUCAGUCUUACCUCCCUCGCUCACUGCACACUCGCCUGCCGAUGCUGUCAGUGUGGUUUCUCCCGCAGAGUCAGCCCGAGCCCCAGAUACGGGAGGGGAAUCUCCUGGUGGAAGAUCAUCGAAUGCAAAGUUGCCCUCAGUUCCAGCAGUCGGGUCAGUUCCACAAGACCAAGUUUCAAAUAUGAGUAUUACAGAGAGGCUUGAACAUGCUUUGGAAAAGGCGGCUCCUCUUCUGCGAGAGAUUUUUGUGGAUUUUGCACCUUUUCUUUCUCGGACACUUUUGGGUAGCCAUGGACAAGAACUGCUUAUAGAAGGAACAAGUCUGGUUUGCAUGAAGUCUAGUAGUUCAGUUGUGGAGUUGGUUAUGCUACUGUGUUCACAGGAGUGGCAGAAUUCUAUUCAGAAGAAUGCAGGCCUUGCUUUUAUUGAACUUGUCAAUGAAGGAAGGUUGCUGAGCCAAACAAUGAAGGACCAUCUAGUAAGAGUAGCAAACGAAGCUGAAUUUAUCCUGAGCCGGCAGCGGGCAGAGGAUAUUCACAGGCAUGCAGAAUUUGAGUCACUCUGUGCCCAGUAUUCUGCAGACAAGCGAGAAGAUGAGAAGAUGUGUGAUCAUUUGAUAAGAGCAGCUAAAUAUCGAGACCACGUGACAGCAACUCAACUAAUCCAGAAAAUAAUUAACAUUCUCACAGACAAGCAUGGAGCCUGGGGAAAUUCUGCAGUCAGUCGUCCUCGUGAGUUCUGGCGCCUUGACUACUGGGAAGAUGACUUGCGGCGCCGGCGACGAUUUGUGCGUAACCCUCUAGGAUCGACACAUCCUGAAGCGACACUAAAAACAGCCGUGGAACAUGCUGCAGAUGAAGAUAUCCUUGCUAAAGGAAAACAGUCCAUCAAGAGUCAGGCUCUAGGAAAUCAGAACUCAGAAAACGAGGUUCUCCUGGAAGGUGACGACGAUACUCUGUCAUCCGCGGACGAAAAAGAUUUAGAGAAUCUUGCCGGUCCUGUUAGCCUAAGUACACCAGCUCAGCUUGUGGCCCCCUCUGUGGUAGUGAAGGGCAUUCUCUCUGUCACCUCCUCCGAACUCUAUUUUGAGGUGGAUGAAGAGGACCCCAACUUCAAGAACAUCGACCCCAAGAUCCUGGCAUAUACAGAAGGGCUUCAUGGAAAAUGGCUGUUCACGGAGAUACGAUCAAUCUUUUCUCGUCGUUAUCUUUUGCAAAAUACAGCCCUGGAGAUCUUUAUGGCAAACAGAGUUGCUGUAAUGUUCAACUUCCCAGACCCUGCAGUAGUUAAAAAAGUGGUUAACUACCUACCUCGUGUUGGUGUGGGAACCUGUUUUGGAUUGCCUCAAACCAGGCGCAUCUCAUUAGCUAGUCCACGUCAGCUUUUUAAAGCUUCCAAUAUGACUCAGCGGUGGCAGCACAGAGAGAUUUCAAAUUUUGAGUACUUGAUGUUCCUCAACACGAUAGCAGGACGGAGUUACAAUGACUUAAAUCAGUAUCCAGUGUUUCCCUGGGUCAUCACUAACUACGACUCAGAAGAGUUGGAUCUUACCUUGCCAAGUAACUUCAGAGAUUUAUCCAAGCCAGUAGGAGCUUUGAAUCCGAAAAGAGCAGCAUUCUUUGCAGAGCGGUAUGAAUCAUGGGAAGAUGAUCAAGUUCCCAAGUUCCACUAUGGUACUCAUUACUCAACUGCAAGUUUUGUUCUCGCGUGGCUGCUAAGAGUAGAACCCUUCACAACUUAUUUCCUAAAUUUGCAAGGAGGGAAAUUUGAUCAUGCAGAUCGAACUUUUUCAUCAGUUUCCAGAGCUUGGCGAAACAGUCAGCGUGAUACAUCUGAUAUUAAGGAGUUGAUCCCUGAAUUUUAUUACCUCCCUGAGAUGUUUGUCAACUUCAAUAAUUAUAACCUUGGAGUGAUGGAUGAUGGGACAGUAGUGUCUGAUGUUGAACUUCCUCCUUGGGCCAAAACCCCAGAAGAAUUUGUUCGCAUAAACAGAUUGGCCCUGGAGAGUGAAUUUGUUUCCUGCCAGCUUCACCAGUGGAUUGAUCUUAUUUUUGGCUACAAACAGCAAGGACCAGAGGCUGUGCGAUCCCUCAAUGUGUUCUAUCACCUGACCUAUGAAGGUGCUGUCAAUCUGAAUUCAAUAACGGAUCCUGUAUUGAGAGAGGCUGUUGAAGCUCAAAUCCGGAGUUUUGGACAGACGCCCUCACAGCUCCUCAUCGAGCCCCAUCCUCCCAGAGGUUCCGCCAUGCAAGCGUAUCUCCUCCUGCAGAGCCCGUUGAUGUUCACAGACCAAGCCCAGCAGGAUGUUAUCAUGGUCCUAAAGUUCCCCUCCAACUCCCCUGUCACUCACGUGGCAGCCAACACCCAGCCCGGUCUGGCAGCUCCUGCUGUGAUCACUGUCACUGCCAACAGGCUGUUUGCCGUGAACAAGUGGCACAGCCUCCCUGCUCAUCAAGGUGCUGUACAAGACCAGCCAUACCAGCUGCCAGUGGAAAUCGAUCCUCUCAUAGCCAGCAAUACAGGAAUGCACAGAAGGCAAAUCACGGACCUCUUGGACCAGAGCAUCCAAGUCCAUUCCCAGUGCUUUGUCAUCACCUCAGACAACCGCUAUAUUCUCAUCUGUGGCUUCUGGGAUAAGAGUUUCCGCGUCUACUCGACAGACACAGGCAAAUUGGUUCAAGUUGUGUUUGGCCAUUGGGAUGUCGUCACUUGCCUCACCCGUUCUGAGUCAUACAUUGGGGGAAAUUGCUACAUUCUCUCAGGAUCACGUGAUGCAACCCUUCUGCUCUGGUACUGGAACGGGAAAAGCAGUGGGAUCGGAGAUAACCCAGGCAGCGGGACCACCACACCUCGGGCCAUUUUGACGGGCCACGACUACGAGAUCACCUGCGCGGCUGUCUGCGCCGAGCUCGGGCUGGUGUUAAGCGGUUCCACGGAAGGACCGUGUCUCAUACAUUCCAUGAAUGGGGACUUAUUGAGGACUCUGGAGGGUCCUGAAAACUGCCUGAAGCCGAAACUCAUUCAGGCUUCGAGAGAAGGUCAUUGUGUCAUAUUCUACGAAACCGGCUUCUUCUGUACCUUCAGCGUAAACGGGAAACUCCAGGCCACUACAGAAACCAAUGAUAACAUAAGGGCCAUGCAGCUGAGCCGGGACGGGCAGUACCUGCUCACCGGAGGGGACGGUGGCGUGGUCGUGGUCUGGCAGGUGUCGGACCUCAAGCAGCUCUUCGCCUACCCAGGCUGCGACGCUGGGAUCCGGGCCAUGGCCCUGUCCUACGACCAGAGGUGCAUCAUUUCCGGCAUGGCCUCAGGAAGCAUCGUUGUGUUCUACAACGACUUCAACCGGUGGCAUCACGAAUACCAGACCCGCUACUGACAGGGGCGCUGCACAGCGGCCCUGCGCCCGCCGCCGCGGGGGAAGCACCCGAGCACCCUUCUCUCUGAGACGGCGCUCACCUCUGAAUGUAACUUAAAUUUGCUCUAAAGCAAAAUAUUUUUUAAAGUUAAUUGCUAUUUUUGUAGACUUUGCUUGACUUUGGGGGGGAGGUAUAUAGCAAAGCAGAAAACUGGCUGCUGGGUUCUGUAGUUUUAAAAAAAUCUCUAUUUUUAGUCAUAAUGAGAAGUCUAUUUUCACCAAUUAUGGAAAUACACAGUGGAGUGAGUAAAACCACUUCUUCUAGCUACGUUAUGAAAAACACUUCCCACUUAUCUGUAAUCUUGAGAGAUAAAUGACUUUAAUCAUCGGGAAGUGGGUUAUAAUACUGGGACGGGGGGAUUUUAUGCUGUACUUUCGGUCCUGUAUUUUUCCAAACAGUUGUGCUUCUUAAGCACUGAACUUUCUGGGAUUUAAAUAGUAAUGUUUAAAUUAUGAUAAAUGUAAUUUAAAACAUCUCAGUGAAUUAUUUCUAGCUAUUCUUCAAGCAUGUUUUAGACCUAGAAAAUUGUGGUUUUGAGGGAAGCUCUUUUACUCUGUGGUUAACUUAAAGGAUCUAACGUUACAGCAGGUGUGAAAUAUUUACAAUGUUUUCCUGGUUUGUCCUCUUCCUAGCACAUCAGAAUGAAAUGAUGGCAAUGGUCGUGGGCUCACAGUUGUUUUUCUGUACGUUGCAACUACCAAAGCUCACCCCUGAGGUCCGACCACGCCCACGCACUGAGGCAGCUCCCUCAUCAGCCUCGCACCCCCGCCCCGGGGUCUGAGAACAGAGGCUCCCAGGUGCUGCAAUAAGCAACACCUGUUUUACCUUCUAUUUGUUAUUAAACUAUCUUCCCCUCCCUUUUGAUUAGCAGUUUGUACUGAGAAACAAUGUUAUUUUGGUGUUGUGUAAUUCUACUUUUCUAGUAGAUGGCUGUGUGGAAUUCUGUGAAACAUAUCUGAGAAAAGGCCUGUAUUGCGUAAAUAAACUCUUUGUAUGUUGUGA